CCGCCGUCCCCACGCGGGGAGGAGCCGCGGGAGCCGCAGUGGGUUCGCCCCGGGGGCGGGGACCGGCGGCGAAACUCGGUGUCCGGUGUGAUUCUGUUCCUCGGAGGUCCCGGCCCCUCCCUGGGCGCAGCGGGACCUCGGCGUGACUGAGUUCCUCCGGCUGUGCCUGCGCAGAGCGUGGGGAACGGGUGAGCACGUCCCGUCGCUGGCCUCACCGGGCAGCGAGCCUCAGCUGCGUUUGCAGCCGCCGGGAGAGCAGGUGUGCUGACUCGCAGACCCUGCUUUCUCCAGCGUCGUCCACGAGUUGACACUUGACACUUGACACUUGACAGUCAGGAGUCGGCUCCGUCCGCGGAUGCAGUGUCCUAUGAGGAUGUGCAUGUGAACUUCACUCAUGAAGAGUGGGCUUUGCUGGAUCCUUCCCAGAAGAGCCUCUACAAAGAUGUGAUGCUGGAGACCUACUGGAACCUCACUGCUAUAGGGUACAAAUGGGAAGAUCACAAUAUUGAAGAACAUUGUCAAAGUUCUGGAAGACAUGGAAGAUGUAUCAUCUGUCACUCUGGAUACAAACCAUGUGAGCAUGAGGGAUAUGGAAAGAAUCAAUGUACUUCUGUCUCUCCCAGAACAAUUAGAAGAUAUUUAGUAGUCCCUACUAUGAGAAGACAUGAUGUCUGCAAUACAAGUUUGCAAUUACUUGGUUUUCCAACUUUAGUAGGAAAACAUAAACAAACUCACACUGGAGAGAAACCUCAUGAGUACAAAGAAUAUGGAAAAUCUUCAGUCUGUCCUGGUUCACUUUGCACAUGCAGUGUGACUCAUAGUAUAGGAAAAUGUUGUGGAUGUAAUCAGUGUGGUAGAACUCUGAGUUCUUCCAGUUCUUUUUUACCAUGUGAAAAAACUCAUAUGGAAAAAAGAAAUGAUACAUGUAGUAAAGGCUUUGACUAUCACAGGUAUCUUGAAACACAGAAAAGGACCAAUAAUGAAAAGGAUCUUCAUGAAUGUAAUCAACACGAUAAAGCCUUUAGAUCUAAUUCCUCUUUACAGUUACACCAAAGAAAUCUUUUGGAAAUAAAGUCUUUUGGAAAUGAAGAUAAUCAAAGUGACAAAGCGUUUGCAUAUCAUAGUCUUCAUCAAGUACCUAGAUUUCAUCCUAGAGAGAAAAGGUAUGGAUAUCAUCAGUGUGGUAAAGCCUUUGCAUGUCCCAGUUAUCUUCAAAUACAUGAAAGAAUUAAUACAUCAGAGAAACCCUUUGAAUGUAAUCAGUGUAGUAAAGCCUUUGCUUAUAAAAGUCAUCUUCACAGGCAUGAAAGGAUUCAUACUGGAGAGAAACCCUAUGGAUGUAAAAAAUGUGGUAAAGCCUUUGCAUGUAACAGUUAUCUUCAAAUGCAUGAAAGAAGUCAUACUGGAGAGAAGCCCUAUGAAUGUAAUCAGUGUGGUAAAGCCUUUGCACGUAAUAGUCAUCUUCACAGACAUGAAAGAAGUCACACAGGAGAGAAACCCUAUGAAUGUAAUCAGUGUGGUAAAGCGUUUGGGUGUAACAGUAAUCUUCAAAGGCAUGAAAGAAGUCACACUGGAGAGAAACCCUAUGGACGUAAACAUAAAUGUGAUAAAGCCUUUGCACAGAAUAACAAACCUCAAAGGCAUGAAAGAAGUCAUAGUGGAGAAAAACCCUAUGGACGUAAACAAUGUGAUAAAGCCUUUGCACAGAACAGUUGUCUUCACAGUCAUGAAAGAAGUCUUACUGGACAAAAACCCUAUGAAUAUAAUCAAAUUGGUAAAGCCUUUGCACAGAACAGUCAUUUUUUCCAUCAUAAAAGAAGUCAUAUUAGAGAAAAAUCCUAUGGAUGUAGGCUAUGUGGUAAAGCCUUUGGACGUAACAGUAAUCUUCAAAGGCAUGAAAGAAGUCAUACUGGAGAGAAACCUUAUGAAUGUAAUCAGUGUGGUAAAGCCUUUUCACAGAGCAGCCAUCUUCAUAGGCAUGAAAGAAGUCAUACUGGGGAGAAACCCUAUGAAUGUAGUCAAUGUUUUAAAGCCUUUGCUUGUAAAAGUGAUCUUCACAGGCAUGAAAGAAGACACACUGGAGAGAAACACUAUGGGUGUAAUCAAUGUGGUAGAGCCUUUUUACAGAACAGUCAUCUUCACAGGCAUGAAAGAAGUCAUACUGGACAAAAACCUUAUGAAUGUAAUCAUUGUAAUAAAGCUUUUGUGUGUUUUAGCAACCUUCAAAAGCAUGACCGAAUUCACACUGGUAAAAAGCCCCAUGAACCUGAAUGAAUAAGGUAAAGUCUUGAAUUCCACAUACAUUUUUUUUCACUGAGCUAUCACUGGAAUUUUUUUCACUGGGAUAUGAGUAAGAUUAGUAGAAAAUAUUGUCUACUUUACAAACUAUAAACAUAUUGUCAUCCAGGAAUAUAGGAACAUAGAACAACUUAAAUAGUAAAACUUAUUUCCAACUGAAACUGAUAUUGAUUUGUCAUUAUUUUUUAGAUUAUGUUACUUUAUCCUGAAGACUAAAUGCUCAUUCUUAACGUUUCUCAGAAACACAGAUGAAUGCCAGAGAAUUGUUUCAAGAAGUAAAGGUAGUUCCUCCUGAGGUUGAUGACCUGAGUUCAUUCUCUGGGAGACAAAUAUUACUCAUUCAGGUUUUUCUCUGGUUAGUCCUCAUGGAUUGUUUGCACACCCACACACCAGCAUUUACAUUAAUAUUUUUGAAAUGGAAAUAAUGGCCAGUGAAUUUUCUCAGUAGUUUAGGACACUUGCUGCUGAACUUGACUAGCUUGUUUUUUUCUGGGUACUCACAUAGAAGAACUCUAUAAUAGAUACCUGUCAAUUGUCCUGAUACUGGCACAUGUCCACCAUGUAGCACAUAUGUUUAUAUACAUUUAAAAAUUUUUGUUCGUUUUUGGUUUAUUUGACACAGGGUUUCUCUGUGGAGCCUUGACUGUCCCAGAACUCACUCUGUAGACCAGCCUGGUCUCAAACUCAGAGAUCUGCCUGCUUGUGCCUCUGCUUCCUGGGUACUGGGAUUCAAGGCUUGCUCCACCACCACCUUGCCAGUUAAAAAAUUUUAAAGAGGUAAAAUUUACAAAGCAAUUAACCAAAAUAUUAAGAACAUGGGGAAUAAUUUACCAGUUGAAAUUAAUACAUUGAAAAUUUCCAAGAAGUAUUACUGUUCAUCAAAACAUGAUGGUUCCUGUUUUGAUCUUACCUUAUUUUUUCAUUGCCUUAUUCAAAGACAAGUCAUUAAAAAUAAAAUCUCACUUGGUCAUAGUGUUGCUUGCUUGUAAUCCCAGUACUUGUGAGACACAGGCAUGUGGAUCUCUCGAUGUUUAAGGCCAACCUGGUCCACAUAGUGAGUUUUGGGAUGGACAUAACUAUUUAGAGAAAUUCUUUCUUAAAAAUCUAAAAAGGGAGUUUGUAAAGAUGAUUGCUUUUUCAAAGAACUAAGGUUUAAUUCCCAGCACACACAUGGAAAUUCACAACUGUUUGUAAGUCAAGUUUCAUGGUAUACAACACCCUCAUACAGAUAUACAAGCAAAACAGUUAUGCAUGUAAAAUAAAAAUCAUUUUAAAAAGCAUAUAUCACAUUAUGAGACUUUACUUAACAUAAUUUGGACUCAUGUUUACACAAGUAAAAGUCCUUGCCUACAUCUAGAAAACUGUGUUAACAAUUACAAUAAGAACCAAUUUGCAGUGUCCAUUCAGAAAUCCUGUUCAAUCCUUCAAUGCCCAAACAGCAACAAUGUUCAUCACCUAUUAAGGGAUAGAAGGCAGAAUGAGGAAAGGGGCAUCUUCAUUUUCUGUAUUAUAAUGGCAUCUUUGGGAGCUGGAGAUUUGACUUUAUAGUACUACUGCUGUUGGGUAGCCAAGGUUGGUUCUUCGCACCCACAUCAGAUGGCACAGAACUACCUGUAAAUCCUGGUCCAGGACACCUGAUGAACUUUUCUGCCUUUUCUGGGUACCUGGUAUUCUUAUGGUGUAAAGACAGAGCUAUAUGUUGUGUGUGUGUGAGAGAUAUAUAUGUAUGUAUGUAUGUAUGGUACUCUAUUUUAUAUAUAUAUAUAAUGUAUGCUGUAUAAAUGUGGUACUCUAUUUUAAAAGUUGCUUUCUUCAUGUAUAUUUUGUUACUUUUUAAUUAACAUUAAAUAAAUUUAACUAAUGUAUAUUGUCAGAA